AUGACAGUCAACUCGGGACCUGAUAGGAGCUCGAGAGGCCCGUUGGGAAUCUGGGCGCCUAGCAAGGCUGCAGAGGGUAACAACGAGCAGCGGUCCGCGGGAGCCUCGACAACUACCAAUGGAUCUGGUUCCGAUGUCGUUGUGAUGCAGGGCCGGAACAGACUCAGUGCUAGACUUCAGCGGAGCAGUUCGAAGUUGUUGACUCUUCUUCGUCCUCGCCGUGAUUCGUCGAAUGUGGCGAAAGAAUCAAGCCCGGUCUCUAGGACUACCUCGAAUCUCGAGCAGGUUGGCGGUGGUUCCCGAUUCUCGUACCCGGUUGCAGCGAAGGAUACGUUGGUUGGACAGAAUGCCGUCUCUCGUCCGCAGAGUGCUCCCAUCAUUUCCCUGCCACAUAGUUCCACACUCCCGGGUCUGGAAUCACUACCAGACUUGUCGACGGUAUCACACAGUGAGGGACAGAGAGAGGCCCGGCAGGAGACUGAGAAGACUCUCACCGAUGAUUCUGGCAAUAUGCAGGGCCAACAGACUCGGUCAAAUCAGAACCUCUCCGCUCUUUUGUCGAGCAAGUUGUCUACAGCUUUUGUCAACUCCACUGUCGUUCAUCGUUCAAACCUGCAGACGAGGCCCAGUAUCUGGGCUUUUCAACACCAAGGAGCAGCGGACGAUCCUCUCAGCAAGCAAGGCGAUAACACCGUUGAGAGUCCCAAUCCGUCGAGUAGUCCUAGCAGUGCCGGUUGCUGGUCAUCGAACCCCUCGAAUCCCAAGUCGACGCCACCCACAUCCGACGAAUCCGUCUCCCCAGUCGACAAUUCGAAAUCUCUGUUUUGGAGAAAAGCAGACAAUGAAGAACUUGAAUGUGGUCGUCCACAGAAGAAGUGCACUUCAGUCCAGGCACCGAAUACACCUCCCUCUAUUGUCACCGUGGAAGCGGCUGCUAAUGCAAAGGUGUUCUUCGAAACAUAUUUCAACGCUGUGUUUUCACACGUCAAUGCACGUUCACAGCGUCGGAUUGAGCUAGAAAAAUACCUCUACUCGUUACGUUUGACACCAGAAGAGCAGGAGACGGCCAGGAAAGCUUGGAUUGGGCAAGAAAGGGAAUAUCUUCGUCAGUAUCGGGUUCUCAAAACUCGCUGUCACAACGCAUCUCCUGGUAAAGCGGCCUCCGUUGCCAACUACGAGAUCGUCAAAGUUCUUGGAAAUGGAAGUUUCGGCAUCGUUAGCCUGGUGAGGGAGAAGAAGGACGAGGGCAGCAGGUCUAGCGAAGGUGAUUCCCCGGCCCUCGAGAAUGGUAGGAUGAGCGAGGUCAAGACGAGGGAUGUUCGUGCACGGAGAGCUGAUGGCAGAACCGGCCAUCGAAGGCAAACUACCAGCGUGAAAGGGAUCUACGCUAUGAAGGUUAUCAGGAAAGCCGAGAUGCUCCGCAGCAGCCAGGAGGGUCAUCUACGAGCUGAGAGGGACUUUCUGGUUGCAUCCGCAAAGUCUCGCUGGGUCGUGCCCUUGAUUGCAAGCUUUCAGGACAGUCAGAACCUGUACCUCGUCAUGGAGUAUAUGAUUGGCGGCGACUUUCUCGGUCUCUUGAUACGUGAAAAUAUCCUGCCGGAACCCGUAACCAAGUGGUACAUUGCUGAGAUGAUUCUUUGCGUUGAAGAAUCUCACAAGCUCAACUGGAUCCACCGCGAUAUCAAGCCCGACAAUUUCCUUAUCUCUGCCUCUGGUCAUUUGAAAAUAGCGGACUUCGGACUGGCGUUUGACGGACACUGGGCCCAUGACCAGGGUUACUACAAUAAUCACCGAUACUCCUUGAUCAAGAAGCUAGGUAUCCAAAUUGACGGCGACGCUACUGAUCGGGAAGACAAGGAAAAGGCCAAACAGGCAUUGGAAGCAGUGCUUGAUUCGCGCGAACCUCCGUCAUUUGACCUUCUCGGAUGGAGAGAUCGACACCAGAGACGGCGGCUUGCUAGAAGUGUUGUCGGAACAAGCCAAUACAUGGCGCCUGAAGUCGUCAAAGGAAAACUAUAUGAUGGCCGCUGUGACUGGUGGAGCAUUGGAAUCAUUCUAUACGAGUGUCUUUAUGGGUUCACCCCAUUUGUGUCAGAUGACCGAUUCACGACGAAGCUCAAGAUAGUCAAUCACCACCAAAUUCUGCACUUCCCGAUGCAGAGACUAUCCGACAAGUUCGUAUCAACUGAUGCCAUUGACCUCAUAAGCCAACUUCUCCAGGAGAAGGAGUAUCGUCUGUCUGCUCGCAACUACCGACUCAACGAUCUGGCAGAAAGGAGCUUCUUUAAAGGCAUGGACCCACGAUACCGGAACUAUCGAGGCAUGUAUGUUUGUCCCAACGAUUCGAGCGAUAUCAAAACGCACCCGUUCUUUCGCGGUAUCAAUUGGGAUGCGCUUCAUCGGUCAACGCCGCCUUUCAUUCCUGUAGUUCGUGACUGGGAUGACACUCAAUAUUUCGAGGAUCCAUUCCAGAGCCCUCCUGACGGCAACACUCCCAACGCGCCGGAAACUGCUCUUGAGGCUCCUUCGCAGACCACUGAUGCAACACCCGGUGACAUGGCUCUGGCUGCGGCGAAGGUCAACAAAGUGCCAUGCGGAGCGAAGACACAGAAGAGGAGAGCCAAGGAGGGCAGAGCCCGGGAUAAGAUUUUGCGGGAUGAGCAGGUUGGAAAGACAGUUCUCGAAAUGCGACAAAAGGAUGCGUUCUUGGGGUACACCUAUCGUCGACCGAAGCCUGUAGCAUUGGCGCUGAAGGGUGAACGGGGCCGGCCGCUUGUGUCGAGAGGGCGAUUGUCGGAUUUGUAUGGAUGCUGA